AUGGCGCCAAGUGAGAGCGCCUCCGAGAAGAAGGCCAUCCCCCCGCAGCAAUGGGACUCCACCUCGGCCGUGGCCGAGAUCGAGGCCACUGCGGGCUCCGGCGAGAUCGUUGUCGACAAGGAGAAGGCGAGGAAGGUCAUGAGGAAGCUCGACAUCCGAAUCAUCCCCACAAUCAUGUGGGUUUACCUGAUGAACAUGAUGGAUCGAGUCAACAUUGGUAACGCCCGCUUGUUCGGUAUGGAGGAGGACCUGGGCCUCAAGGGUCAGCAAUUCCAGUUGGCCGUCUCAGUACUCUUCGUCACAUAUUGUCUGUUCGAAGCACCGUCGAACUUGAUUAUCAAGAAGCUUCAGCCCGCCCGUUACCUCGCUGGAUUGACCAUCGGCUGGGGCCUUAUCGCGACUUUUAGCGCUUUCGUCCAAAACUUCGCCGGUCUCCUCGUCUGCCGUCUCCUCCUCGGACUUUUCGAAGCUGGAUUUUUCCCCGGUGUUGUCCUAUACCUUUCCAUGUUCUACGGCCGUAACAGCUUGGCUCUCCGCAUCGCCUACUUCUUCGGCACAGCUGCUGCCUCCGGUGUCAUUGGUGGCCUCAUUGCUUAUGGUAUCAGCUUCAUGGAUGGCGACGGUGGCUGGCGCGCCUGGCGUUGGAUUAUCGUCAUUGAGGGUGUCCCCACCGUCCUCACUGGAAUCCUUAUCCCAUUUGUGAUUCCUAAUGAUGCUGAGUCGGCGAAGUUCCUCACUGAUGACGACAGGCAGACCCUACGAGACAUGCAUGAGUCUGAGCUCGGAAAGGCACACAACCUCCGAAACCUCGUUUGGUCUGAUGUUAUGGAUGGUGUCAAGGACUGGACCACAUGGGCGUUCUGCUUUGCCAUCUGGCCUUGCUUGAUUAUGCUCUACUCCUUCGUUGUCUUCCUCCCUACUAUUAUCAAGGCUCUCGGAACCUGGAAUUCUGCUGAGGUCCAGGCCUUGACUGUCCCUGUCUACGCUGUUGGAGCUAUUCUUUAUCUGAUCGCUGCCUACAUCAGCGAUAAGACUCAACGUCGCGGUUACUUCAUCUUGGCAGCCAUCGUCUUUGCCGUUGCUGGUUACGGUAUGCUUCUCGCCAACAAGAGUUCCGCCCUCUCAUACGCUGGAACAUUUUUCGUAUCUAUCGGCAUCUUUACCUCAACUGGCAUCUCGGUUGCCUGGGUCACUGCAAACAACCCAAGGUAUGGCAAGCGUGCCUUCGCGGGAGGCAUGCAGCUUACUGUUGGUAACUCUGCUGGUGUUGCUUCGCCCUUCCUCUUCUCCAGCAAGUUUGCGCCUACGUACGUCACUAGCUAUGCUGUGUGCAUGGGCAUGCUCGGCGUUUCAUUGAUCUUGGUCACGGCACUCCACGUCCACUUCAGGCGACAGAACAAACUUCGCGAUGAGGGCAAGCAGGACUACCUCAUGGAGGGUAAGACUGAUAUCGAGAUUGACGCCAUGGGUGAACUGAGCCCCAGGUACCGCUUUUCCACUUAA